AGAAAUACAAAAUACCUAUAAGCUGCUGCGGCUUGAAUUUUUGUGGCCGCUCGCAGAAGCAAAACCAGCUCAGCUGAAAGGAAAAUCGAGCGAAAAGGGCAAAAGAAGGUGGUGGUUAUGAGGUUAUCCAAUUUCCUGCCUACCAUCCUUUCCCCGCACCAAUUCCCUCCUUUUUUUUCCCCACCUUCUCUUCUCACUAGGGUUUUCUUUCCGUUUCGUUCAAACCCGAAUUGAAAACGAGAAUACACAGAAACAGAAAUCCCGGGAGAAUCCGUUCAUCUUAAUGAUUGGUUAGUAGUAAUGCUAAUUUGCAUAAAUUCCCAAUCGCAAACCCAAGAAUCCGAUUCUUCCUUCUUUUUGGAUUUGCCUGCUCUUGAUUUCCAAUUAAAUAAUUGGGAUCCUGUUUACUCCUCCCCACCCCCCUACUUAAAUAAUCUCAGCCAUUGAAAUUUCGCAGCUGAGCUGUGGUCGGUUUGUAUCUUUUGAGGCUACCCAUUGAUCAAUCCCCACCACAGGACAGACAGGAAGCUCCUCUUUGUAUUAGGGUUUGUUUGUCUUCUUCCCGCUCCGCCUCCUCUCGCCGUUAGGGUAAGAAGAAACAGCGGAAGGAGACGAGAAGGCUGAGACUUUACGCGCUGCGUUGAGAUUUCGUCACAAUCUGGCUAAGGAAAGAUUGAAUUGGUGGGACGAUUUGAUGACAGAGAUAUGCUUAUAUUGGGCCCAUUUUGGAAGCAAUCUUUUGCUCUGAUUGGUUGAUUUGUUGUUUGGAUCGCAAAGGCCAUCGUGUCAUAUGUAUAUUGAGGACUGGAUAUUCCUAGUGAGCAAAGAUUUUGGUUCACUCUGGCCGCCGCAACAAAGUUGAAGUCUUCUCCCACCUCAAAGUGGGCGUGGGGUGAUUGCAAGGAAGUGAUUCUGCUGUGUGUUUUGAGGAGAUCAAGAUCAUCCCAUGUUUGGAGGCUCUGCCGUGUUUCAGAGGGCUUGUCUCUUGAUUAUGGCUAACAUCUCCACUUGCUAGACCAAUAAUACAUAUCGUUUAGAGUCCAAUUUGCAUUAGAUUUACAAAUUCAGGCUUUCUAGAUGUGAUCUCCAGAUAGAAUUCUGUUUUUAGCGCUAGUGUAGUAGUGCAAGCGCGCGGGUUGUGGAUGUAGAGCUCUUUCUCGCUUUGCUGUUGCAAUGGUUAGGUUCUCGUGCUUCAACGGUCAUAUUACUCCUUCCCACAAAUCAAAGAGAACUGUUGAACAUUCGAUGGAAUCAAUGCUGAAGAUGUUGCAAGAUUCUUCCAAGAUGCCAGCUGUGAACACGGAGUCAACUCACGCUACUAGCUUGAAUCCAGUAUUUCUGAGGUCGAAAACAGAUAAUCAUAUUCAUUAUUCUACUAAGGAAAUCAUGAACUCAGGGGUAAUUGACCCAACAUUCGGACAUGAAGCUGAAGCUGGAAUUACUCGGACAACACCUCUGAAGAAAAGUAAGUCUCUGGGGAGUGAAUUAUGCCAUGAAGGUAGGGUUAUCUACAACAAUGACACAGAAGAAGAAGAGACAGACCACGGAUGUUCUAGUGGUUCCCCUGAUCACAAGGAACGAGGUUUAAGCCCGAGUAGUCAAUAUGGAAAGGCCCCUGUAUCUGAAUCUGUUCAAGUGGGUUCUGAAACUGUCAACAAUGGAUCAGCAUUCUCAAGUGGAGGAUAUUCUCAUCGUUCGGACAAAGAGAUUACUGAAAAUUCCGAUAUUCAGUUAUCUGUAGAUGGUGCUGAUAAUUCUGGCAUUCCUACUCCUCAGAGGCCUAUUGUGCUUGACAGGUCAUGUUCAUUUCCAAACUUGAGUUCUGCCUCUGGUGCACACUUCAGAUACUUAUUAAGAAAAUCAAAAUCUAGUAAUGACCUACGCGGGUUAGAUAUGGGAUGGAAAGAACUUCCUUCAGUUCAUGAAGUUGGAAUGCAGUCAAUGUUGGAAAAGGAAAGAGAUGCUAACAUGUGUGGAAAUGAAAGAAACGAUUUUGAAAACCCUCCUGAUGAUGGCUAUGAUUCUUAUGAUUACACUUCUCUGGCAAAAGACUGGGUAAUGCCCGAGGAGGAGAAUUUACCAGAACACCUUGACCGAGACUUCUUGGUGCAGCAACCGGGUGAAUUUCCAAAUGAGGAUUUUAGAUUCAGGCGUAUUGAGGCAUGGGUCAACGAUCUUCAUUCCUGCGGUCCAGUGGAAGAAACAAGUGUAUUGUUGGCUGAUGCUGAUGAACCAGUCGGUGGAGAAAAUUCGACGGUUUUGGGUAGACUGACGGCUGCUGUGAAGGUGGAUGAUAAAAUGAGUCCUGGCAUGGAAGCUGCAAAGAGAUACAUAUCUGCUUUGAGUCCCACGACUACCACUGCUCAGCUUUCCAACCAUGGGCUAGCAGUCAUUCCAUCUCUCAGUGCAUUUGGAGGUCUGAGAGUGCUCAAUCUAUCUGGAAACUCAAUAGCUCGAAUAACUGCUGGUGCCCUUCCUCGGGGGCUCCACAUGUUGAAUCUCGCGAAAAACAGCAUAUCCACUAUCGAGGGUUUAAGGGAACUCACUCGACUUCGUGUUCUGGACUUGAGCUACAACCGGAUAUUCAGGAUUGGACAUGGCCUUGCUUCUUGCUCGUCAUUGAAGGAGCUGUACUUGGCGGGCAACAAAAUAAGUGAGGUGGAAGGCCUUCACCGCCUGCUAAAACUCACAGUGCUUGAUCUUCGUUUCAACAAGCUCUCCACAACCAAGUGUCUUGGCCAGCUGGCUGCCAACUACAACUCCCUGCAAGCAAUAAGCCUGGAAGGAAAUCCAGCUCAGAAGAACGUCGGAGAUGAACAGCUCAAGAAGCACCUUCGGGGCCUACUGCCGCAUCUGGUCUACUUCAACAGGCAGGCGAUCAAAGCAGGGGCGUUGAAGGAUUCUACUGCUGAUCGGUCGGUGAGGCUUGGGAUUAGCAGUGGGCUGAGGUCGGAUAACAAAGGUGCGAGGAAGGGUAGCCACGGUUUGAGCGGGUCAAGAGCAUUAACGUCAUCUACUCACGGUCGUAGCAGUACAUCCUCACCGAGGAGGCCGAAGGGGAAGCACUCGAAGCUCCCGCCUAGCGGGACCAGUAGACUGAGCACCCACAGCCGACAGCAGCAGCAACAACCUGUGGAUCUUGGUAGCAGGCUUGUUGAAUUCAGAGCUGAGCUGGCGAUGCGCAGGAGCAGAAGUGAAGGAAAUAUGGGACCUCUGGCGUGAGAUGCUGAGUUUGUUUGUUUAUUGGAAAAGAAACAUUGUGUGGGUGUUUAUCAUGUUUGAACUUUCAAUUGCUUGCUUGUUGCCCGCUCCUUUGGCGGAGAGGGCUGUUUAUCAUUUGAUACCCAUCCCUAAAGCCCAGUGAUAUGAAGUUUGACACUCUGGGGAGAUUGUUUCCUUCGGAAUAAUGUUUGCUUGUGUUCUUCUAAUAAAGGUGUUUGUGCUUUUGUAGAGGUUCCUCCACUUUAUGUUGCAUGCUUCUUUCUUUGCAGGCGCUUUGCUAGUAUUUCCCUGCGCCGUUCCAAGUGUGUUUGAAUAUGUUUCGUGUAAUUGUGUCAUGCUAUAUUUUGUGGUAUUGUUCAGACUAUUGAAUGAGCGAGGAGAAGCCGGAAAAUGAUAGGCAGUGAGUGGUGACAGCCGCAGAAGCAGUCAACAGAUGAAGAAGUGUGCAGCUGAAGAACUGGUUUGUGUCUGAAAGUUUUCGAAUCAAUUCAGUUUCUUCUGGUUUCCCUCCGUGGCUGUGAGCUUCUUGUGCACAAGUUAACUAACAUGAUGAACAAUUCAUUUCACCUGGGUAGCUACUCUUUGAUCCUAAUUCCAAGGAUCCUUUUGUGCAUUGGGAUCUCUUCUUUUUCGGUGUAAGUUCCGG